AUGACAGAUAUCGGUCGAGAAUACGGGAUAGCGGUAAGCGACUCUUCAACCGUUUUUGCAUAUCUAUCAGAUAAGAAAAGUCCGAGUAAAAAAGAUGAAGUCAACAUCGUAUUGGUCGAAAAAGUAUCACAGAGUCGGCAAAUUCUGGCAACUCCGAAUCUUCGAAGACUCAUCAUCGAAAUGUAUUCAGUUUUCGACAGAUGUGAAAAAAACUCGUCUCGUGAUAAACCUCUAGAUACUGCGAGUUGUUGCACAUUCUCCAGAGCGUACAGAUCGGUGCUCUAUAAUGCAGCCGUGUCGCAUUCCAGUGCUGAUUUUAUGACGGAUUUUGCACUAUGGUCAUUAUAUGAAAAGUUGUGGUUCGGAAGAGGAGACAGUUCGAUAUGUUCCGAUUUGGUAUCGUGGGCCAAUGAACCUUUCACGUUCUUCAGAGAUGCCACCGAGAGAGCUGCGGAGAGCGUUGAGCCGAACAAGGCACCUGGAGAGGACUUCUGGAAAGGCGUUGCUAUAAAUCUACUCAGCUGCAAUUUCAGUGAUUGCCGAGAGCUGUUAGGCCUGCUUGGAAAAUCACCAGAGUACGACGCUUUCAUCAACGUUCUCUCUUCCUUCAAGCCUGAUGAUCUGUCAGACGAAGCACUAAAGGAUACGGUAAACGAGUGGAAGGAAUUGAUGCAGGAAAAUUUGAUCAACAGAAAGUACGGCAACAAUGAGAAUUUGAAAUAUCUCGCAAAACUUCUUCUCGGAGAAGAGCGGUAUUUAGCAUCAAUGGCUCCACGAGUCCUUGCCCACUGGUGGCAGUUUCUCCCAUUCUACGUACUUGUCAGAAAUCCAUUUGCUAAGUACCAGGAACUCAUCGACUUGGCUGACGAGUGCCGCACGAUUUUUGUAGGAGUAGAAGAGGAUGAGGGAGCGCGAGAAAAUGAUGUUUUCUGGUGUCUGAUCUCCAAGAAUGACAUAAAUUUUCAACAGUUAAUUUCCUCGAAUCCAUGGCUUGCAGUUCAUCUUGUGGAUCUCAUUCAGAAAGCUACUCUAAAUCCAGAAUUCGAAGAGAUGCGGAAAAUGCACAUGUUGGAUUACGCGAGCGCUUUGAUUUCGCACUCUCCGCUAUGGGAAAUCGGCGCUGGAUAUCUGAUUUCUUGUGGAACCGAAGGACUUCUUCGUCUAGACGCACACAUCGAAGGACUACAUAUCGAAGACGACGAAAUGGCUGAGCAACUUUUAGAUAUUUGUGAAGAUUACCAGCUUAAAGAUUCGAAAAACUGUGUGACGAACACGAUGACAUUUCGAUAUUUGAAACAAAACGAAUGGAGUGCUGCACUCGCGUGGGCUCUCAAAACUGGAUCUAAGAAGACAAUCGAUUGGACAGUAUCUCGUAUCAUUAGUGGAGGUUCCAAAGAGGAAUUGGCUGCUCUCAGAGUACUGGAAUCAAUUGCAACUCACUCAGUUCUCUCACUCCCAUCGCUAACAUUCCUAUUUGCUUAUCAACAUUUCAUUAAAAUGAUGCAUAACGGAAAUGUGAUUGGAUGUGUUCAACAUUUGAUUCCAUUAAUCAUGAUGCCAGAUGUUCCAACUCAAUAUUAUUAUGACCUCUUUGAUUAUAUGAUUACAAUAAUUAAAGAGGACAGUCGGUCAGGAAUCCCAUUCUCCAAGCAAGUCUUGUAUGAACUAUCCACGUUCCUCUCUACCUUUUCACUCGACAAAGAGAAAGAAUUGAAUGAGUGUUACAUGAAAAAGGUGAAAACCCUCAAAAAGAUGGUUUUGCUGAAGCAGUUGUGUGCUUUGCGCGCAACUCAGCCAGUUAUCGACGUGAACGCCACGGCUUCUGCUCGCUGGCGCCAACUUGAUUCCACUUCGGCAGAGUCUGGUUCGCAGUCAGAACAAAGCGGCGCAAGCUUGUCGGGAUCAGAAGUCAUGAGUAGCUCAGAAGAAGUGUCAUGGAUCACAUGGUUCUGCGGUCUUCGGGGAAAUGAAUUCUUCUGCGAAGUGGACGAAGAAUACAUCCAAGAUCGUUUCAAUUUGACUGGACUCAAUGAGCAAGUCCCCAAAUAUCGUCAAGCGCUCGAUAUGAUACUCGACUUGGAGCCAGAAGAUGACAUAGAGGAUAACGCAACAAAUACCGAUCUCGUUGAGCAGGCGGCUGAAAUGCUUUAUGGAUUGAUUCACGCAAGAUACAUUCUCACCAAUCGAGGGAUCUCUCAGAUGGUCGAGAAAUGGCGUGAUCAUGAUUUUGGAGUUUGUCCUCGGGUUUACUGUGAAAAUCAGCCAAUGCUUCCAAUCGGCUUAUCCGAUGUUCCCGGAGAGGCUAUGGUGAAGCUCUAUUGCCCUCGUUGCAAUGACGUCUUCGUUCCACGCUCGUCGCGUCAUCAACACACCGAUGGUAGCUACUUCGGUACCGGAUUCCCCCACAUGCUUUUCUUCGUGCAUCCGGAUCUGCGUCCUCGUAGACCAGUCACUCAAUUUGUUCCAAAACUCUACGGUUUCAAAAUUCAUCCAGUUGCUUAUAAUGGACAAGAGGGAAGUAAUGCGAAUGCGGCAAACGCUGCUCAGAACAACGCCGCUCCAGCAGGUCAACAAGCUGGGCAAUUCAACAACUAUGGGAACUAA